AUGGAUUCACAUAUAGCUUUUGUAGCUGCAGCUCUGAUGCUUGCACUCUGUUAUGGAGAUGAACAGUCAAAUUACGAGUUUCGAAGUUGGCACGACUUUCUGACCAGCACAAAUGCUGAUCAGUGGGAGAGUCACGAGGCGCAGCUGAAUAAAAUGUGCCUUGUGAUGUCCCGGGACGAAUGGCCGUCGUUCGUCCCUCUAAGACAGCACCCGAGCAAGCCGGACUACAAGUUAAGCCGGAUCUUCAGGUAUCAAAGCCAGGAAGACCGAAAUUACCAUGUUCAGCAGGUCAAAAGGUGCUGUAGAAAGGAAACCCUGUUGGACCGCCGAGACUGCUUUGAUCAAAUGAUACAUCAAUUCUUGGAUGACUAUUGCAACACGGGAACAAAUUUUAUCUGCUGUCGCUACGAAGGUUUCAAGUUAGAAGUUAAAGGACCCACCGGCGAAAUCCACGAAGAAGACAAAAACUUGCUCAUUAACGCUAUGAUGGAUCUGGACAACGAGGGACCGCAGUGCAUGAGUAACUACUUUCCGGAGAACAACUUGCAUUUGCUGAAAGAGGAAAAUAUUGAAAAUGAGACAUGUCCCAAAAGAGGAUACCAACAAACUGGGUGCGAGGCACAAGCGUGCUGCACAGCUGGAGCCUACGAUGGCAGGCACAAGCUGCAGCCACAUCAGUGUCCGUACUUCCAGUGCAGGGCAUUUUACAAAGAUUUCUACAACGCCCAUAACCGGUGCAUUCGUCAUCGCUUUUUUUGCGGCUUCUUUUACAUCAGCUGUUGUGAAAGGCAGUUUUACAAGUAA